AUGAACUUUACAAACAUUCCACAGCAGUCAACUCAGUUCCCACCACAUCAACUCCUCCAGCAGCAGCAACAACAACAACAAGCCAACUACGCGCCACCCAAAUUCCAAUACACCAAACCAGCAGAGCCAAUUGCCAAGAGCACACCACGAUUUCCCUCUGCCUUCCCCAGCACCAGCAGCAGUACAAGCUUCACCAGCUCAAGCUUCGACAGCUUCAGAUAUGUAAAUAAUGAACCAUCCAGCGCCAAACUGAACAACUAUGACAUUCCACAUCCACUGGCGUUCUUCAAGCAGCCAAUGUAUCAAUCACCAGAUGUUACAUGCUCGCCCAUGGACGUGUCCUACUUUUCCCCAUCCUCUGCGCCAUCCUCGUCGUCCAUGACCAGGACCAUCUCCAACCAACAACUUUUCUUCCAACCAUCCUCCGAUGUGAUGUACCAGUCACGGUCAAUCGUCAACUUGUUGACCUUCUUCCCAGAGGAGAUCCUGAUAACCAUCCUCUCGCAUCUCAACGUAUCCGACCUCCACAACUGUAUUUACGUUUGCAAGAACCUUAGAAGACUGUGUGAGGACGAGUUCAUCUUCAAGAACAUUUGUCAAUUCAACUAUCCAUGCCUGAACAGAUACGUCAAACCACCUUUUGAAUCUACUUGGAGGAGAUAUUAUAAUCAAAGAAAGACAUCAUUCUUGGUACUUGGAGGUCCAGUUGCACAGUCAUCCUGUAUGGAUGAUAUCUGUUCCAAGCUGAGGGCUGCUGGAAUUGAUCAUGUGGACAGCUUCUACACUCAAAAGAGGAUUCCAACAUUGGAGGAACUGCAGAAAUACUCUGGUGUACUUAUCUACAGUUACAAUUCAUCUGCCUUUUUGGACGGUCAGCUGAUGGGUGAUGUGAUGGCAGACUAUGUCGACAAUGGAGGCGGUGUGGUGGUCACUGUGUUCACCAACUGCAACAACCUGCGCAAUGGUUUCUUAAAGGGACGAUUCUUUGAACAGAACUAUCAUCCCAUUAAUCCCGCCAGACAACAUGACACCAAUGGCAAGAAGCCAUUGUCACUGGGCAAGGUGGUCAUCCCCGACCAUCCCAUCAUGAACGAUGUCAAGUCUCUGGAAGGCGGCCGAUCAUCAUUCUUUUGUCCAGGCUCACUGCAUCCAGACGCCACACUCGUUGCCGAGUGGUCCAACAACGUGCCACUGAUAGCCGAGUUGCCAAAGAACAAAGGCAAGGUGGUGGCGCUCAACUUCUUCCCACCCAGCAGCGAUACUGGUGACGGACGUUUCUGGUCGUCGUCAACCGACGGCGCCGUGAUGAUGGCCAAUGCUCUGGCCUACGUCGGGAGGAGCGCAGCAUUGAAGAAGCAUAAGCAGAUGAUCGAGGGUGCCUCGUACUUCAACGACCGAGUCAAGGAUGGAGAGGGAGCCAACAGGUUUCUACACGACAAGGAUGUAUGCUCCCAGCGCAAGGGAAGUCCCAAGGAGAAGAAGCAUCACAAGUUUCUUGGGAAGCGAAUUCCAUUAUUAUUUAAGCUCUUCUCUAAGAGACUGACACCUAUUUAA